AUGGCGAAACGGACACGCGGCGAAGCAGUGUCUGGGGACUUGGCAACUUCAACCUAUCUAAGGGGUCAACCUACGGAAGAGGUCAAAGCCGAGGUUGAGGUCGACCUCAACUCUUCAUUACAGAUUCCUUCGCACAUAGCCAUCACCAAAUGGACUGUUGCAGACCUCGGCAAUUCUUGCCCGCCAAUUCCUCAAAUCUUAGAUCCAGCGCUGGAAACGGCCGCGUUGACGCAUCCUGGAAAAGUUAAGCACCGGACAGAUCCCAACUAUGAGCGGCUUGAGUGGAUAGGGGAUGCGUAUCUUGAAGUCAUUGCCACCUCGCUCAUUUACCAAACAUUCCCGACUCUCGAGCCGGGGAAAUGCGCCCAGUAUCGCGAGAUGCUUGUCCGCAACAGGACGCUGUCACAGUUCUCUCGCCAGUACGGUCUGGACAAACGAGCCAACUUUCCCGAGGAGUUUGACCUCGAAGGGAGGCUUUCCGGCACCACGGCGAGCGGAGCCAAGCGAGAGAAGGCCCAGGGCGACAUCUUUGAGUCAUAUGUUGGAGCUUUGAUUCUAUCCGACCGCAAGGACGGCAUCAGGCGCGCUUCGGCGUGGCUCAAGGCUCUGUGGGGUCCUAUACUAGACAGACAUAUCCGCCAAGAGGAACACCGAGUUCCGGUGACGACCAAAGAAGCCAUCAGCUACAAGACACAACUGGAGGCGGCCAUCGGCACCAAGGGCGUCAAGAUUGAGUACCGAGAUCUCCCUUCUACGGGCAAGAAGGAUAGGGAUACCAACCUGCCUCUUGUCACCGUUGGCUGCAUCCUCAACGGGUGGGGCGAAACGGACAAGCAGCUCGGGUUCGGAAACGCUCUCGGCAAGAAAGAAGCCGGACAAAACGCCGCAAAGAUGGCAUUGGAAAACAAGAAGCUGAUAAAACGAUACUCGGAGAAGAAGGCGGCCUUUACCGCUGCGAGACUCGCUCAAGUCGCGGCUGAAGGAAGCCUAGACCAGCAAACCAGCUAG